AUGAAGUUUACUAAGAUAAACCCCAGCAUAAAACUCUUGACAAUAGCAUUGAAGGGUCAAGAGGUUGGUAGUAAGGGGCUGAUAGAUAUCAGCCUCUUAGAUGAGAUCUUGGAGGUGACCGUAGUGGGCCUAAAGAGAGAGAUUGCCUUAUUUGAAGGAGAGAAAAGACUCAAAGAUCUCCACAACUCAACCGAUGUUCAUCUGAUUGGUGUACAUGAUGUCUAUAGUGAGCUACAGGAGACGGGUCGAGGUGAUGUGUGCUAG